AAGCGAAGGGAAGAAAGUCGAAUAGGGAUAAGCAAAGUAAAGAAGAAGGAAGAAAAAAUCAAAUACGAAAGGAAUACUUCCUGGCAAAACGUCCAAACGUCGCAUUAGGUGGAAGGUCAAAGAAUUCCGGCGAUUUUGAAUCAUCCCCAUUAGUGGAAGGUGUCAAAGAUGAAAAGAUACGAUCAUCGAAAAUCAGCAAAACAGAUGAUGCUGAUGGCACUUAUAUGGUUGGUCAUUGUGAUAAAAACGUAAAAGAGCCGAAAGGUAUGGGUGUGGACAAUGAUGAAGAAACGGCAUUUGAGUAG